AUGUAUCUGAUGACCGCAGUGGCUGUUUCCUUGGCUACCACUGCUCUAGCAGGAAACCAGGGGGGACUUCUUGGGUUCAACUAUGGCGCCACGAACGACGAUGGGUCAUGCAGAGGCUAUGAUGAUUUCUUACGCUACUUCCAGAACGCGAAGACACUGGCUGGCUCGGAUGGUAGAAACUUCACUUCGGCUCGUCUUUAUACUUCCAUCCAGUGCAACAAUACACAUGACCCUAGCUCAACAUGGGCUGAAUCGACCUCAGCUUACAAGGCCGCCAUCGAAACCAAUACCAGCAUUCUUGUCGGUCUUUGGGCCAGCGGCGGUGUUCAAAUGUACGACAAUGAGCUAAGAUCCCUUACGGCCGCUUAUAUGCAGUAUGGUGAGGCUUUCGCCAACCUGGUCAUCGGCAUCUCCGUCGGCUCAGAAGAUUUGUACCGGCAUGCGAGCGGUCUGACCGGCAAAUAUGUCGGCAUGGGCGCCGACGCGAGUGUGAUUGUAGGGUACAUUGCGGACCUUCGAAAUUUGAUCAAGCAAAGCAUACCUCCCCUGACGAAUAAGCCCAUUGGCCACGUCGACACAUACACUGCGUGGAUUCUCCCCGAAAAUGCCGCCGUUGUGGAAGCCGUCGACUGGCUCGGCCACAACUCCUUUCCCUACUGGGAGUCUGACAAGAACAACACGAUUGACAACGCUCCAAGCCUAUUCACAUCUGCUCUAGACCAGACAAUGGAAGUUGCUGCCCAAAGUUCAAGUGUAUGUGGCAAGGAAAAGGAGGUGUGGGUCACCGAAACUGGAUGGCCGCAUGCAUCACUUAUCCAUGUCGACAAGGCCUUGGAUGCUAACUGCCUCCCCAAGCUGGUGAAUCUCAAGGCGCUGCCGUCGCCUCAGUUGAAAAUGCUUACUUCUAUUGGAUGA